UUAUUUUGCGUACGUAUGACCAGACAGACCACGCCCACCAUAUCCUCCGAUAACAGCCCUUGCGCAGGUUUAUACAACCACUCUCUCUCAUCAUAUCAGCCGGCUAACUCGGUGACCUCCUCUGACUUGCAGGCUACCUCUACCAGACUCCAAACACUCCUCAAGAUGAGUUUCGUUAAGCCAGAUGCUGCCAAGUUGCAGACUCUGAAGGAUAUUGCCGAGAAGAUGCGUAUCCACUCUGUCAACAUGACUCAAGCCUCGGGCUCUGGACACCCGACAUCAAGUGCCUCUGCUGCUGAGAUCAUGUCCUGUCUCUUCUUCGAUGAGAUGAGAUAUUCAAUUGAAGCCCCCAAGCACUAUGCUGCUGACCGGUUCAUCCUCUCUAAGGGACAUGCUUGCCCCAUACUGUAUGCUGCUUGGUGUGAGGCUGGACUGCUCUCCAAGGAACACCUGCUCACUCUGCGUAAGGUGGACUCCAUUCUUGAGGGUCAUCCCACUCCUCGUCAGAACUACAUCGAUGUAGCCACUGGGUCGCUUGGUCAAGGUGUGAGCGUGGCUGCUGGAAUGGCCUAUUGUGGCAAGUACUUGGACAAGGCUAGCUAUCGCACAUACUGUGUGACAGGAGACGGGGAAACAGCUGAGGGAAGUAUUUGGGAGGCAGCAGCUUUUGCUAGCUACUACAAGUUGGACAACCUUGUUCUGAUUGUGGAUGUGAAUCGUCUUGGUCAGUCUCAGCCUGCUUCUCUAGAGCAUGAUGUGGAGACCUACAGGAAGAGGUUUGAUGCAUUUGGAUGGAAUGCAAUCAUUGUGGAUGGUCAUGAUGUGGAGAAAGUGUUAGAGGCCUUCCACAAUGCCAAGCUCUGUAAGGACAAACCCACCUGCCUUGUGGCCAAGACCUACAAGGGGCGUGGAUUCCCUAAUGUUGAGGACCUAGAGAACUGGCAUGGUAAAGCACUCGGAGACCAAGCUGCUACUGCUAUUGCUGCUUGUGAGGGACGUAUUGUUAACAAGGGACCUCACGGAGUCAGCCCCAAACCAAUUGCUGAUGAUGCUCCUAAGUUUGACAUCCCUACCAUCAAAUUGAGUACUCCUCCCAACUACAAGCUAGGAGACAAGGUGGCCACACGUAAGGUGUAUGGUGAUGCUCUAGUCAAGCUAGGGCAAAGCUUUGAGAGAGUGAUUGCUUUGGAUGGAGACACGAAGAACUCAACCUUCUCCCUCACUUACAAGAAAGCAUUCAAUGAUCGCUAUGUCGAGUGUUUCAUUGCAGAACAGAAUAUUUGUGGAGUUGGUAUUGGACUGGCGUGCAGGGAUCGCAACGUUGUCUUCUGCUCAACCUUUGCUGCCUUCUUUACCCGUGCCUUUGAUCAGAUCCGAAUGGGAGCCAUUUCUCAGACACAGGUCAACUUUGUUGGCUCACAUGCUGGUUGUUCUAUUGGUGAGGAUGGACCUUCUCAGAUGGCACUGGAGGACUUUGCAAUGUUCCGCACUAUUCCUGGUGCUGCGUGCUUCUAUCCAUCAGAUGCUGUCUCUUGUGAGAGAGCUAUUGAACUAGCUGCCAACUACAAGGGUCUGACCUUCACACGAACAUCACGACCUGCCACUCCAGUGAUCUACAGCAAUGAGGAAGUCUUUGAGAUUGGGAAAGGAAAGGUUGUACGUCAGUCUCCCAUGGACAAGGUGACAGUAGUGGGGGCUGGAGUUACACUGGAGGAAGCUAUGAAAGCUGCUGAUACACUCAAGGCUGAGGGUGUGAACAUCCGUGUGGUGGACCCAUUCACUCUCAAGCCUAUUGACAAGGAGCUCCUCACCUCAUGUGCUAAAGCCACUGGAGGGAAAGUGGUGGUGGUGGAGGACCACUAUGCUCAAGGUGGUCUUGGAGAGGCUGUGGCUGGUGCUCUGAGCGAGGAGAGUGGAGUAGUGGUCAAGCGUCUCUUUGUGACUGGCAUCCCUCGCAGUGGACCAGGGGCCAAGCUCAUGGAAAUCUAUGGGAUCUCGGCCAGCCACAUUGUAACAGCUGUCAAGAGCCUCAUUUAAACAAGAGACUGAACUGAACAUUGGACAGUUGUAAUAAUUUAGAGCUGGAACAUUGUUAGCAGUAUAAUUAUAGCAGUAGAUUAUAGCUAGUGAAAUGAUUAUUAAUAAAUUUUUGUCAAAAAAAUGUAAUUAAUGAG